UUCGUUAAUGAGGACUGAGACAAAUGUAAAAUGCAUUGCAUUUGGGUGAAGAAGCUGUUCGCUGAGCUGUGCCAGUAUAUAUAAAUCUGUUUGCUUGUGUGAAUCGAAUGCCUGCCCUCUCUAUUGACGAACAGCCAGUGGAUGUCGUUGUUUGCUCCUUGCUGCGUGUUAAGAAUGUCACUCCUCAAGAUGACCUCAAGCUCACUGGAAGCUGGGCUCGUCCUUCACUUUCUAUAGAGAGACACGGAGAGCAGCAGGCACACCAGAGAGGCAGCGAGGCGCUAGGAGACACCAACUUCGGGAUUGUACACAUCUGGGUUUAUUGAAACAAAACACAAUUAUAAUAUUAUUCAUAUAUAUAUAAAUGUAAUUCGACGUGUGCCAUCCCAGCGAAAACAAGAAACAUCACCACGGUUUUUUUUUUUUUUUUUUAAAUAUAGAUAUAUUUAUUUAUUUCUUAGCUUAGUUUGAAUUACUUUUCUGCUGUGUUGGGCUGUUGUACAGAGUCCUAUGAGGAGUUCCAAUACCUCGUAACAGCUGUUAAUUUCAGCGCAAAGACACACACGCCCAAGGACUACAAUGCUAAAGUUUUGGGGGGCUUUGGUCACUGUUGUGGCUCUGUCCUUGUUGGUGGAAGACGUUACUGGCGGUUAUGGGAUGAGCAUGUUUGCUGCUCAGACCUCCCCGCCGGACCCGUGUUACGAUGAGAACGGCAACCCAAGAAGAUGCAUCCCUGACUUUGUCAACUCCGCGUUCGGCAAGGAGGUGCGGGUCUCCAGCACCUGUGGCAAGCCGCCGGCGCGGUACUGCGCGGUGCCGGAGAAAGCAGAGGAGAAGUCCAGGAACUGUCACAUGUGCGACGCCGGAGACCCCAAAAAGACUCACCCGCCAGCCUACCUGACAGAUCUGAACAACCCGCACAACCUCACCUGCUGGCAGUCCGAAAAUUACCUCCAGUACCCGCAGAAUGUCACCUUGACUCUGUCCCUGGGCAAAAAAUUCGAGGUCACCUACGUGAGUCUGCAGUUUUGCUCGCCCAGACCCGAAUCCAUGGCCAUCUACAAGUCUAUGGACUACGGCAAAUCGUGGGUCCCGUUCCAGUUCUACUCGACGCAGUGCAGGAAGAUGUACAACAAGCCCAGCAAAGCGGCAAUCACCAAGCAAAACGAACAGGAGGCGAUCUGCACCGACUCGCACACCGACAUGCAUCCGCUCUCCGGGGGACUUAUUGCCUUCAGCACCCUGGAUGGUAGACCCUCGGCUCACGACUUUGACAAUUCGCCCGUUCUUCAGGACUGGGUGACCGCCACUGACAUCAAGGUGGCAUUCAGCCGCCUGCACACUUUUGGGGACGAGAACGAGGACGAUUCGGAGCUGGCUCGGGACUCGUAUUUUUACGCGGUGUCAGACCUACAGGUCGGAGGGCGCUGCAAGUGCAGUGGCCACGCUUCCAGGUGCGUCAAGAACAGGGAUGAUGAUUUGGUUUGCGAGUGCAAGCACAAUACUGCGGGGCCGGAGUGUGACCGGUGCAAACCAUUCCACUAUGACAGACCGUGGCAACGCGCAACAGCCAGAGAGGCAAAUGAAUGUGUGGCAUGCAACUGUAACCUGCAUGCCCGCAGAUGCCGGUUCAACAUGGAGCUUUACAAACUGUCUGGGAGAAAGAGCGGCGGGGUUUGUCUGAACUGCCGUCACAACACAGCUGGGCGGCACUGUCACUACUGCAAAGAGGGCUACUACCGGGACAUGUCCAAACCCAUCUCCCACAGGAAGGCAUGCAAAGCAUGCGAUUGUCAUCCCGUGGGUGCAGCUGGCAAAACCUGCAACCAAACCACAGGUCAAUGUCCCUGUAAAGAUGGUGUGACUGGAAUCACAUGCAACCGAUGUGCUAAAGGCUACCAGCAAAGCCGUUCCCCCAUUGCCCCCUGCAUAAAGAUUCCAGUUGCUCCGCCCACCACCCCUGCCAGCAGCACAGAGGAACCUGCAGACUGUGACUCCUACUGCAAGGCCUCCAAAGGAAAGCUGAAGAUCAACAUGAAGAAGUACUGCAAGAAAGAUUACGCUGUGCAGGUGCACAUCCUGAAAGCAGACAAGGCUGGGGAGUGGUGGAAGUUCACUGUGAACAUCAUCUCCGUGUACAAGCAGGGAGAGAACCGCAUUCGGAGAGGAGACCAGCUCCUCUGGGUGCGCUCCAAGGACGUGGCCUGCAAGUGCCCCAAAAUCAAACAGGGCAAGAAGUACCUGCUGCUGGGCAACGACGAGGACUCUCCGGACCAGAGCGGCGUGGUGGCAGACAAGGGCAGCCUGGUGAUACAGUGGAGGGACACGUGGGCCCGGAGACUCAGGAAGUUCCAGCAGAGAGAUAAGAAAGGAAAGUGCAAGAAGGCCUAAAGAAGAGAGAGGAAGGGUACGAGAGAGGGAGAGGAGGGGAGAGAUUGAGCGGUGCUGCUUUGAGAAGGAGCAUGAAGAGAAAAUUAGGAUGACUUUAGGAACUUUUGUGAAGGAGCUCACACUACUUUGCAGUUUUCUUUUUUUUUUUUGAGAUUAUUUUACUUUUGGAUUUGCCGAGUUUGCACCUAAUAUUACGAAUAUAUAAUUUUUGUUUUCUUCUUCUUCUUCUUCUUCUUUGUUUUUUUUGGUGUAUACCAAAUUCCAUACGUUUUGAACAGAACUUCUUUUAGUCCGGCUACCAAAACCCAGCUACUGUAUUGCUUUUCAAUUCCAAAAGCAGCUCGAUUCCUUUUCUUGAUGUUGUUAUUUUUAGGACAAGCAACGAAAGGAGAAAAGGUGGUGGUGGUGGGGGGGGGGGGUACUAUAAACUGGUGAUGUCUUUCAGGAUGACUGCUAAGUCCUAAUGCCUGGUCACAGGAACUGUGUAAUCUGAAAAAAAAAAGUAUUAACUUUUUAGAUGUGUAGUUAAACUAAGCUUUUGUUGUUGUUCCUGCAUUCAGUAUCUUGUAAAAUGUUGACACAUCCCAUACCUAAGCAAAAGGCUAUAUCGUGGAACAAUACCUCAAUAUAUUAUAGUUCACUCUAUGUUAAGAUAUUAAAGUGCCAAAAUUGUACGUAUUGGGGAAAGUCUUCUUCUUUUAUGGGCGGAGUUAAAAAUAAUGUGUUUUCUCAUGUGGAGAGACAGGCAAUGUACUCUUUAUGGCCAAAUGAGUCUGCGUGGGGUUCUGUAAUCCAGCAGAAAGAGGCACCAACUCAUUCCCAUUGACCAUUGCUUUUUAAAAUCUUUCUUCCCUUGAUGGAAUUGACUUACAGCCUCAAAAGCUUAAGCAUUUGGGCCAUGUUGCCAAUCAGAACCUGAGAUCUAAACUCAGAAUCAAAGGACAUUCAUGUUUACCGCUUUGCCAUAAUCGCAGAUUAUUUAUAGAGUUCAUUUCUAAUUGACUUCCACAGUAAUAUAAUUUUGAUUUGCCAGCCUCUAUUAGGGUUUAUACCCGUGAUGCAGACAAAAGAGUUUUCUGGUGCCUGAUCCAUGUUUCCCAACACACACGCAACAUUGAUAUUAUACAGUAUAGUCUAAACAGAGUGCUGUUUCUAAUGCUUCCUUAUCUAUACAUUCUUUACAUGUAAGUCUUUCAACCCCACCUCCCCCAAAUGAUUAAAGGGAGGCGUAUUUCCUGUAGACCCACGAACAGUUAGUGGACAAUCAAGAUUGUCCCCGAUACUUACUUCGGCACAAUCCUUCACGAGCAAACUCCUUCAUUUCUUUCUCAAGACCUGAGCUACUGGGUUCCUCUCAAUCCCCAUGUAUAACACAUUGAGUUGUUGCAUCAGCCCUUCAGGAGAUCUGGGUUUCUGCAGAGCAGCUCCUGUGCAAGCACUUAUAGCCGUCAAACCGGAGCUAGCAGACAGCAGGGACAGGCCCACCAGAGGAAAAGGAACUUGUGGACUUCUGACAUUGCCCCAAGUAGCAACCCACAUUGACGAGCUUUGACAGCCUGGAAUCAUGACUUCUGCCAAUUCUGCAAAGCAGCCCAGACAGGCUUCCUACAGCCCUUCCAGAAAUGUAGUAUGUUGAGUAUACUGCUAGGGUCUCCUGUACAGUACAGCAGCAAUAGGCUGUCAAUAUGCAGUGGUAUAUAUUUGUAGUAUGCUGUUUUUUUGUAAGUAAGCUCAUUGUUCAUGUUAUGCCACUGUACAGACAAGAAAAAAAGGCUCUAGUAACAAAAGACAAUGUAUUAUAAGUCAUUACCUCCACUUUUGCAGGCCUUUUUCUAGUCUUUUUGUAGUAGAAUUAGCAACCAGUCUAACCAUAGCUGUGGUCGUCUCUUUUGUAAAUACAGCCUUUAGAGUUAUUUGUAAGGGGGUGGCUAUUCUGUCCCAAAAAGGGUUUAACAAUAGAUGCUGUAAAAAAAUAUUCACUGAAUUCCUUAAAGAACUGUGUUUAAGGAGGGGUGAUCAGAAACGUUAUUUACAGUUUAGUAGCCCUUACCUUGCAUCCAGCAUUUGGCUCUGUUGCAAACAUUGUAACACUUUCCUGAAAGGAAACAGCUAGUAAUAAACAACUGAUUCAAUCUUAAUUACAGUACGUAUACUUAUAGCGGCUUUAAAGAAGCACUGAAGCAUGUAGCACUUCUUUAAAGACAUAAGUGGUGUCAUAAAUAAAACCAACUUUUAAAAUACAACUUCUGUUUAUUUCUAGCUAGCCUUUGCAUUGUUAUAAACUGUUUUCAGUGUUAAAAGGUGUGAUGCAACUGAGCAAAAAGCUUUCAAAUGAAUGUCAUUCACUUCUGUUCCAAAAGCUCAAAUUUGGGGAAACCAUUUGAAAAUGACUGACUGUGGGCAGGACAACCUUAUCCUUCCCUGAAAAAAAAAAAAAGUGUACUUUCUCCUGAAAAUAUUUCACUGUUUUUAGCUCCUGAACUAUAUCCCCAUUUGUAAGGGACGGUAUCCAAAGUUCUGUGGGUGGAUAAAAUGUAAAAUCAACUGGCACUGAUUCAACCAUUAAAAAACACCACUAUAACUCCCAUUUUAGUUUUUACUGAUAGACAAAAAAAAAGAAAAAGAAAAAUGUGUUGUGUUCUAAACAUAAUCUUAAUUUUUUACUUAGUCAUAUUAACCAGUACGAAGUCAUUUAUUAUUUUUAUUUGUAAAAACAAAACAAACAAAAAAAAAACGCAGUAAAUAAAAUCAAUAUGUGAUAGAUGUGUGUAUUUUAAAAAAGCUGCAAAGUUUAUUUGGUACUCAAAUAAAGGGUCUACAAAUCAUUUAAAAAAUGUAAUUUGUACAGUUAGUAUUUUUAUGUAAAACCUUAACUAGAUUAUAAAAGUGUAUUAUUAUUAUUAUUAUUAUUAUUAUUAUUAUUAUUAACCAAAAUACAGGUGUUCCAAAGCAAAAUUAUUUUCCAUAAAAUAAUGGCAAGUCAUCUAGAGUUUCACCUGAUUCCCAAACUGAACAAGAGCAGCACAUUGUCAGUGUAACCGCUGAAGUUUAAGCCGAAGAGGCUCCACUUGAAGAAAUCUCAAUGCAUUUUCGAAUAGGAGAAAGAGAUAAACGGUUGAUGACGGUUUGGCCUUUGUAAUGCAAAAAGAAUUGGCUAGGAAACAAUCCGUUUUAUCUGUCUCUUCUUGCAAAUAUAGCCACCACAACUAAAGGGUUACAAAAAAUUAGCUCUAAAUGAUGCAGGUGUGUGCCCAGCUUUACUCAACAGCUCAAGCCUUUACCCUAAAUGGUCCACGCUGUGAAUUCAAGAUAUUUUCACGAAAGCAUUCCCAAGCAAGACCGGUACAGCUCACCUACUGACAGGUUAGUGCCUGUACCCAGUUUUAUUGAGCUGGACAAGUCUAAACCGCUAUUCCAAACCACUUUCAAGAACAAGGACUCAAGCUGGGGUGCACUGUAUGUAGGGUUGUGUGUGUGAAUGUAUCUGAAUCUACUGCCUGCAUAUGUGUUUAUAUUGCAUGAGCAUUCUAAUAUAUAACACAGUGUUGAUAACUUUCUGUGAAAUAGUAAAAUAAAUGUAAAAUAAAAACAUGUUUCACACUGCAUAGCUUCAUAUCACAUUUUACUAGGUUACAUUUUUAGGGCUAGUUGCACAGGUAUCGGUGAAACACUCAAUUUGGAAGUUGUCAUGCUGACAUACAAAUUCAGUUAUCUAUUUGUCACAGACACGGUCCGGUUGCAUGGCUUUCUAACAUCGUUUGUGUAUUACAUUAACUGCUAUUUGGAGAGCUGGCAAAUGUAUUACAAUUGACAGCUAUUGAUCUUACAGGGUAAGAGCUUUGCAAAACAGAUCUAAAUCAAAACCAACACUCUCCAAACACACACACGGCUAUUUCUCUUUUUUUUCUUUUCCCAUGUACACUACAUGACUUCUAAUACACUAACUAACUGUCCCUCUGUGGUGACAUACAAUGUGUGGAAGGUACUGUUACGGGAGGCAAUUGCCUUAUAAAAGGCAAUAAAGAUGGAUGCUGUUUGCAUUCAAGAUCAGUUUUCAGAAGACUCUUCUAAACUGAUCUUUAUGAUACACACAAAGACCUGCCGGACCCCUUCUCUGCUCCCACGUUGAAUUGUAAAUGUUUAGUGGCGGCCAAUGCAUACUUCUGCAAUGUUUCUCUAUGAUGUAUACUAAUAUAUAUUAUGGUUAUUAUAUAUGAAUAUAUUUAAUGACACAUGAAACAUUGUGGAUUUUAUUUUGUCUCUUUUUUGGUUUGUUUUGGUUGUUAGAUGGCUGUGAUUAACUAAACCAGAAGGAUCCUGUAACAACUGAACACCUACCUGGUUGUACUAAACCCAGAAUUCAGUUAAAUAAAACUCCUGUAAACUUUA